UUUUUUUUUUUUUUUUCUUUCCCAAUUCGACCUUUUCCAAGCCAAAUCAACUGCGGCUUUCCCUCCCCGCUUUUCAACGCCCCCCCCCCAUUUCCAAGCAAAAACACCAACAACAAGCAACAAACAAAACAAAAAAUGGCGUGUCCCUUCCAACAUGGCAGCGUGCCUGCGACGCGAAUGCCGCUUGCUGCAGCGAUCGCGGUCACGACUUCCAGCGGCGCCGCGAGUGAGUCUGCCGGCACCAGCACCAGUGACGCUGCGUCGUCGGGCGAGCGCCAGCCAGUGUACUAUGGCGACUACCUGCGACUGGGGACGCUCCUGUCGCUGCAGCAGCCCGAGUCGACCCACGGCGGCACACGCAAGGCGGCCCACGACGAGCACCUCUUCAUUGUCAUCCACCAGGUGUACGAGCUCUGGUUUAAGCAAAUUCUGCACGAACUCGAGUCCAUCCGCGAAAUCUUCUCCACCGACCACAUCAAGGAGCGCGACAUGCUCACCAUCGUCAACCGUCUGGGCCGUGUCGUCGAGAUUGAAAAGAUCAUGGUCGACCAAAUCAACAUUCUCGAAACCAUGACUGCCCUUGACUUUAUGGAGUUCCGCGAUUACUUGGUUCCGGCUUCGGGUUUCCAGUCGAGCCAAUUCCGCGUCCUCGAAACCCUGCUCGGCCUCCGCCCAGAAAACCGCACCCGGUACUCCCAAGAGACAUACUGGAAUGCCUUCUCGGACGAUGAUGCUGGCAAGCUGCGCGAGGCCGAGGGCAAGCGAUCCUUCCUCGAGCUGAUGGAGCGAUGGCUCGAGCGCACGCCUGGCCUUCACCCCGACGAAUUCGACUUUUGGAGCAAGUACAAGGCCGCCGUCAACGACAUUCUUGCGGCCAAUCGAGCGCAGGUCGAUCACGCCGAACUGACGCCCGAGACCCGCCAGGCUGUGCUGGCCGAGUGCGACAAGAACGAACUCAGCUUCCAGUCUGUCUUCGAUCCCGCCAAGCAUGCCGAGCUGCGCGAGAAGGGCGAGCGACGACUCUCGCACAAAGCGAUGCAAGGCGCCAUCAUGAUUUUCUUGUACCGCGAUGAGCCCCGCUUCCACCUCCCCUUCAAGAUGCUCAACUUGCUGAUGGACGUGGACGCCUUCUUCUCCAAGUGGCGAUAUCAGCACGUCAUGAUGGUGCACCGCAUGAUUGGUAACAAGCUUGGCACCGGCGGCUCGUCUGGCUACCAGUACUUGCGAUCGACGAUUAGCGACAAGUACCGCAUCUUUAUCGAUCUGUUCAACAUCUCCACCUACCUGAUUCCGCGCUCCAAGACGCCGCCGCUGUCCGAGUCGAUGGCGCGCAAGCUGAAUGUGUUUAUGGAAUGAUUGGAGUUUGUUUGUUUGUUUUGUUGUUGCUAUUCUCUGACGUUGCCAAACGCCAAUAAAACGCAUUGAAUUUGA